AUGUCUUCCGAGUCGGACAAGAAAGAAUUCCACAUUCUCCCCCAUCCUGCUAAGGACAACAACCCCGAACAACCGGGAGAGGGUUUGAACUGGGGCAAGUUCUCCGGCCCUGCUGGGGCGUUCCAUGCUCAUGGACCAGAGAUUCCUACCCAAGAGCAGAUUCAGAAUCUCGAACAGCCGCUGAGCAAGGAGGAACUAAAGAAGCGCGCUGAGGAGCUGAACAAAUAG